ACUGGCACUUCCUCAACUCAGCCCAGUAAUGACUUACCUGAAACUCUGACGAAGUUUGCUUAGUAUUUUAUAUUUUCAUUCACGUCCAAAUAAACACAGCCGGCCGGUUUUAUACAGAUAAAGCCCUAGGUCGUUUGUAUGUGUAAUUUUAGCGAGAUAAAGUGCCUUGUCGCGCGCUGGACAUGGAGCCAAAAUUAUCAGCAACCAGUUGCCAGGCUACCAGAUGAGGAAGACUGCCAUGGCAACUAACUACAGAACUCAGAGGUGUCAGAGAUGGAAACUGGCAGCAUAAUAAAAGGAAACCUGCCGUAAGAAGUGAGCGACAUGUCUUCUGAGGAGGAGACUUCUCAAACCUCCUCUUCUUCCUCCUCUCCCCCUCCCUCUUCCUUCUCCUCCUCCUCCUCCUCACCUCCCCCUGCCUCCCACUUCAUCGGGAAGAAGGAGGACAUUGUCAAGGCUGGGCGCAUGACCAAGACUGUGAAUGGAUGCAGAGAUGUGCUGGUCCUGCACCACCAGGGGCAGCUUCAUGCAAUGGACGUGCGCUGCUACCAUUCAGGUGGUGCAUUGCAGUAUGGAGACAUUGAGGAGUUCAAUGGGCGGUUGUGUAUUGUGUGUCCGUGGCACAAGUACAAGAUCACACUGGCAGAAGGGGAAGGUCUUUACCAAGCUGUGGAUGAUCCUACAGCAAGACCCCUGAGGACACACUGGCGCUCCAAGGGUGUCAAACAGAGGAUUCACAAGGUCACUGAGGUCGACGGGAACGUGUAUGUAACACUGAAUGACUGCAGCGAGCCCAUCGAGUCAGAUGUCUACCAGACUGAGAAAUUUAGGACUGGUUUACUGAAGGCCCAGCCAAAAGCCAAACCCAGGAAUUAACUCGACACUUCAGGAAGAACAGUGUGGAAACCUUGAACAUUUGUUUAUCACAAUUAUAAUUGUUAUUAAAAAAACUUGUAAUAUGUGUGUGAGCCAGUACACCUGUAAAAUUUAUAUGAGCCAGUCUAGGAUAGUGAGGACAAUAUCUGACAGUCAUGUAUGAAUGAUCAUAGUAAGAUGAAUAUAGGACAUAUAAACAGCGGUUGUAGGAUGUGUGUCAUUUCACUAUGGAUGUUUGAGUUUUAUUAUGCUUACACAGACUCUUUGGGACUGUGCUCUCAUUCUGAUGGACACAGUUUGUUCCAGCAAGAUCAGAAAACACGGCAUUACUGAAGACAGUGAUCGAAUCAGCUGGAGUGAUGUAGAAAUGUCUCACAUCUAUUGUAUGAAAUUACUUUAGGUCAUUCUAAUACCGGCUUUUGUAGUUUUUGACACUGAACUGGAACUGCUACAGAAUGUUGUGCUCUUUAAUUAUUAAAUGGUGUACAAAUAUACUGUUUAUUUUUUGUAGAAAAAUAUGAUGAUUGUUUUUUA